UUUUUAGCACGUGCGAAAAAAAGUUGUUUGAUAUCAUAAACAUACUGAUAAAAAAAUCAAUUCACCAAGUUCAAAAGUUGGAGUAUUUUACAAUGAGCUUCGAGUUAAUAAAUUUUGAAUGCUGUAUUUCAGAUAAACACCACUGGCAAAUCGUACUUCCCGCAUAGCCCUUCCAGUCACCACUCCAUCGAAGAAAAAGGUUCUUCAACCCCUUUGUUUACAUACGAUGAAAUACUGGGUCACUGGGUCAUCAUCCUUUCAACUCCGGUUUGCGCAAAUAUAGUAAAGGUCCACUAUACCGUUGAACUGGCAAACUGAUUUUACAUCUCUGCGGUCGGUACGUGUUUUAUUUGUUGGUCACCGUUACGCAGUUGUCUCGCAAAUACAUUCCGAUGUUGACAUUUUCACCCACCGAACGUGUUUUGUAGUGGCGAUGGCAUCACCUCGAGCUAAAUGCAUAUCUAGUUGGAAGAAAUGUGAUUCGUGUAAUACAAUUUUGGCUAAAAAUGAUGUAGAAUUACACUCGAAGUCUCACUGCCCUCCUGAUUCGACGACUGACUGGUCUUAUGGACAUAUUCACGAAAAAAAGUUGUUCAGUUUUCUUAAGCAGUUCGAACCACAAGAUAAAAACGAAUUGUUUUUCAACGACGUGAUACAAAUCUCUUUGAGUUCAGCUCAGCUUUGCGAGUUCCCGAUCGGUGAUCCUGUUAUUAUCACUGCUAAGAAGAACAGUCGGUCUAUUGUGAAACCCUUAUGGCCCAUAGAAGAUAAUUUGCUUUCGUCGGUUUUCCUUACCAAGCAAAGUUUAAGGGAACUGGAUUGUUUCGAAGGUCCGGUAGAAGUGAGAAAAAUUGAAAAUGUUCCUCAACCAGCGAAGCACGUUACUUUGAAGCUGAUCAAACCAGAAGUGCUGACGGAAAUGCAAAUAACUGAGAUAACUAAAAUGUUGAGUAUCACUUUCGGUAACAGGGUUGUUUUUAACGGGCAGUUCCUAAUCGUGAAUUUCUACGGAUUGAAACCCAAAUUCAAGAUUGUUAACAUAUUGCCUCAUCAAUCGUCCAAAGAUCCCAUGGAUAAUUUGAACGAUGAUCUUUCGAAUUUGAAAAUCGAAAAUCAAGAACCAAAUAAAUUAUACAAAAUACUCUCGAACACCAAAUGGAAAAUUCAAACGAGUCUAAACGAAGAUACGAAGAAAUCGUGCUGUGAAAAAUAUUGUUUAUCGAAACUCGGUGGAAUCACUAAUAUUAUUUCUGAUUUGAGUAAUGUGAUGCUUAACGUUCUAAUCUCAGAUUAUACUACAGGUGAAAGUAUUUCGUGCGGUGUGCUCAUUCACGGUAUAUCAGGCACAGGAAAAACAUAUCUUGCUCGAGCUAUGAUUAACAAUACCAAGUUACCAGUAAUCCACGUUUGCAGUUGGCAAAUAAUAAGUAAAUAUUUCGGCGAAGCUGAAUCUCGUAUCAAGGGUUUAUUCGAGGAAGCUAUCGAAAAAGCUCCCAGUGUAGUUCUUAUCGACGAAUUAGAUUCGUUUUGUCCGAAUAAAAGUGGCAACGAUCAAGAAAGACGAAUACUCAGUGUUUUAUUAUCCAUGCUAGAUAAACUAAACGAUUUCAAAGUUGUCGUAUUAGGAAUAACGAGACAGUUAGAUUCCAUCGAUGCUGCUCUACGAAGACCGGGAAGAUUUGAUUACGAAAUCGAAAUCCCUGUACCAGAUGCUGAUGCGAGAAUUGAAAUUUUACAGUGUUUACUAACGUCGUACAGUCACGAUAUUUCGAAGCAAGCGAUCACGCAAUUAGGUGCUGCUUCGCACGGAUUCGUUGGAUCUGAUUUGUCUUUAGCUUGUUCGCUGGCCAAUACGAAGGCCAUAAAUAGUUACAAGUGUGGUUCGGGUACCAGUAAUGAAAGUCUGUGUCCUGUUAUGAAAGAUGAACAUCUCACUUGGGCAUUUACUCAAAUUAAACCUUCGGCUAUGCGAGAAAUACUGGUAGAAGUUCCUAAUGUGAAAUGGUCGGAUAUCGGAGGUGAAAAAGAUUUAAAAUUGAAACUGCAGCAAGUUCUAGAGUGGCCUACGAAGUAUCGAGAAUCCUUCGAACGUUUAGGGAUCACUCCUCCAAAAGGUAUUCUUCUUUUUGGACCUCCUGGUUGUUCGAAAACAAUGAUCGCUAAAGCAGUAGCUACCGAAAGUAAACUUAAUUUCAUUUCGAUCAAGGGAGCCGAAUUAUUCAGUAAAUGGGUCGGCGAAUCCGAAAAAGCUGUUCGUGAAGUAUUUCGUAAAGCCAGAACGGUAUCACCUUGCGUUAUUUUCUUCGAUGAAAUUGACGCGAUUAGCGGUGAACGUGAUACAGACGGUGGUAGUGGAUCAAAUGUUCAAGAUCGAGUAUUAGCUCAGCUACUCACCGAACUCGAUGGCGUUCAACCGUUGUCUAAUGUUACCAUUAUCUCUGCCACUAAUCGACCCGAUCGCAUUGAUAGCGCGUUGUUACGACCUGGUCGAUUGGAUCGAAAACUUUACGUAUCACUGCCCGAUGGCGAAACUCGACGCGCCAUCUUAACCUUACAACUUUCCAAAACACCAGUUAGCGAAGACGUAGAUGUCGAAGAUCUUGUUCAGAAAACCGAAGGGUACUCCGGAGCGGAGGUCAUUGCUGUUUGUCACGAAGCAGCCAUGAAAGCUUUGCAGGAUGAUUUGAAUGCGGAUGUCGUCAGCAAAAAACAUUUUAGCUACGCUCUUUCUAUUCUUAAACCUAGAACACCACUGUCACUUUUGAAAAUCUAUGAUAAAUUUUUAGAGAAUAAGUAAAUACAUAGUUUCGAUAGCGGUUCCGGCUCGACGUGUUCAACCACUACACUACUUGUUCGUAUACUGAGGAACUCUUCGUGGCAUGGGUACAAAAUUGGUGCUAUGGAAUUUAUGUAAUGUAUCGUUUUUCGUUAAGACUUGAUUGAUGUUACCGCUGAUUUGAUAAUUUAAUUAAAUCUUAAGAUGAAA